ACCGAUUGUUCCUAGUCACGUGGUAGCAACGUCGUUGCAAAAUCGCCAUCGUUUUUGCAACUACUCUUUUUGUUUACUCCUGCAAAUUGAAAGAAUCCAAAGAAUCAUCCAGCAAAUCAAGUAAUUUAUCAGUUAAUCCAAGAAGCGUAAGAAUGGGGAGAAGAAGCGGUUGCUAUAACCAGCAAAGGAAAGCAGAGAGAAAAUCGUUAGAGCGACGUGAUCCAGAAGUCAACGUAUUCUGUGAAGGUCAAAAUCCAGCGGAAACGAAAGAGGUCAAAGAUCAAGCCGACGACAAAAAUGAAGAUACUUGCCAUUGGGAUAACUACCAAAUGGCAUUGUUUUGUCCUUCAGACCAAGAUGAUCAAGUUCUGUUCUAUAAAGAAAUUAUAAAGACAGAAUUCGAAAAAAGAUUCCAAACCAAGGAUACAGAGGAUACAGAGACAGGUAAUAAUAGUAUUAAAAUCGAAAAGGAAGAACCAGAACCAGAGAAGAAAGAAUUAAUAGAGGUGCAAGAACAAAAUAGAAAAGUUGGAUUGUUUGUAAGAAUGACUGGGUUCCUAAGAAAGAAGUCUACGUCUUACAAAAAAGAGAAAAAGUUAAAACAGAAUGUCAGACAGGGAAAAAGUAAAGACUCAGGAUCCAGAUCUUUCGUGGGCAUGUUCCAUUGCUGCGUAUUUAACUGAUUAUGAUUUUCGGAGAUUGCUUGUAUAAAAAAUAUAAUGCAUUUAAAAUAUAAAUAAAAAAAAAACAAAAACAAAAACAAAAUACAAAAAAAAAAUAUAAAAGAUGUGACCUUAAAAAAAUAAAUAAUCUGAAAUUUAAAAAAAAAUUGAUAUUGUAUGUGUUUUAUAUUGUCACCAUAAGGGUCUAGCAUGGGGUUUCUUAUUUUUAUUUUCUGUAUACUAUUUGAUUUUUAGGGAAGUAUAUCUUUAUUUUUUAAUAGUUAACGUUUAUUCUGUAAAAUUCUAUUCUUCUAUAUAACUUAUAUAUCAUCCUGGUCCCAUUAACACAUUCUCCAUUUAUUUUAUUUAUCUUACAGACACCUUCUACCUUUGAUAACUAUUUUUUCCGGUACUUAUUUCCACAAGUGGAGGUAUACUUAUCACGAUUAAACGUACACUCUUGUUUCUUUCAAUUAUGAUUGAGUAUUUAAACAAAUGUAUCUGUGUGUGU